AUGCAUACUAAAAUCGAGCUGGGCCUGGAACCGGAGCCGGAGCCGGAGACCAAACCCGCCCGGCCUCCGCCAGCUCCGCGCCCACGCAAGACAUUACGAGAACGUUUUCUUCACUCCUUGCCCCCUUACACGGGUCCUUACCCUGUGGGAUACAUGGAGGUAGAGCUGCCGGCACGGGAGCCGCGGCCAUUCUCCCACAUCAAGCGAAACGACGAAUACGCCCUCAAGCUUGAUACUGUUCUCUUCUCAGUCUUCUAUCCCUGCGAACUCGGGCUGUUCCCCCAGGAGAAUAAAAGCGGGAAUCGGACCCGGAGGUGGACGGGAAACGAGCAGCCGCGGGUUCUAUGGCUUCCCAAGCCAAGAGGUUCGACUUGUCGAGGAUAUGCCAAAUUCUUCAGCAUUCCCCAUCUCCCCGUCCAGACCUACAUCGCCCUCACUACUAUGUUUACGAAGCUGCCCGCGUACCACAAUGCAAACCUUUCGGCCCGUUGGCCCACUGCUGCGGGAGGAGGUUCGAGCAAGUCGACUCUGGAUCACGACGCAGCGCAAAAGACGGGCGAAAAUGAUCGUAAUGUGAAGCCAAAAUUUUCCGUCAUCAUAUUCAGUCACGGCCUUGGCGGCUCGAGGACACUUUGUAGCUCUGUAUGUGGAGAACUGGCAAGCUUCGGAUUAAUCGUCGUCGCCAUGGAGCACCGUGACGGGAGCGGCGCAAGGACGUACGUCAACAAAACCGGCCGUUCUCCCGACUUGGAAGACCAAGACCUGGACCGGACAACGGCCCGCGAGCCAAGAACCGGCAAGAUAAAAUUGCCAAGACGACGACAAAAGACAUCGGAAAUCAAACCAAACUACAUGGUCGAUUACCUCUUCCCCAAGGACAAUGCCUUCGACACGUAUCCACACAAUGAUCGCGGAAUCGACACGGAACUUCGUGCGGCCCAGAUCGAAAUGAGAAUCGCCGAGACUGAGGAAGCAUAUUACGCGCUCGGGCUGAUCAAUAGCGGGAGGGGGGACCAGCUGGAUGCUCAAAAUCUCCGAAAAAAGGGCAACGUCGGCUCCAGCUCCAAGGGCCUUGCGGGAAUCGAUUGGCGUGAAUGGACAGGGAGACUGUACCUGGAAAACGUGACAAUGAUGGGCCAUUCGUUUGGAGGAGCCACCACGAUCCAGGCGCUCAGGCUUGAGAAACUCACGUGGAUCUCUCAGGGGAUUCUGCUCGACCCUUGGGGGCUCGGCGCCCCAGAUAGUACGGACAGAUCCCGGAUCCGGAAGCCGAUAUUGUCCGUCGGAAGCGAAGCCUUCAUGUUCUGGAAGGAAAACUUUGAUUGCGUCGCGCAAAUAUGCCGUGAGGCUCGGGAUGCGGGAGCAUUGAGCUGGAUGACGACGAUCCGUGGAUCUACUCACCUGUCCAUGACGGAUUUUGCGGUCCUUUAUCCAAAGUGGAUGUCGCUUCUCAUCAAGACAAUUGUGAAUCCUAAGCGCGCCAACCAUCUCACAACCCGUUCGGCACUUGAAUUCCUCAAAAUCACGCUGCCGCUGCAACAGACCAGGUUCAGGCUCCCUGAGUUGUGGGCCGAAAAGCGACUACUGAAAAUCCCAAGCUCCGAAACCAAGGUUCUGUUUGAUCACCAACCUGACGACAAGUGGACGGCUGUCCGGCUAAAAAUCCCCAACGAGUUUUCUUUGCGGCUCAGGUGGUACUGGAGGUGGAGAGGCAAAGACGCUGAUGUUCCGAAAGACGCAGCGGGCAAACCUCUGAGAGGUCUCUUGAACUGGGGUGCAGGAAAGGAGAUGUGGGUGCACUUGAGCCCAGACCAGGCUGACGUGGAGCGGUAUAUUGAAGAGAACGGAUAG